ACACACGGUACCCGGAUGUUCAGGGAGCUUGGGGAUCAGUGUCCCCCUGUCACAGUCCUCUCACCUCGUCACCCGAACAGCCGGAGCCCUCUCACCCCGUCACCCGAACAGCCGAAGAGCUGCGCCGCGUAUACAGCCCCAGCCUGCGGCGGAGAACAUAGAUAGAAGACUGUGUAUGUAGAUCUCGGUCACCCUGUGGAUUAUUAUCAUUUUCAGUAUUUGAUGCGUCAUGUAGUCUGGGAAUUCCAUGAUUGUUUGGUUCAUGGAGAUAUAAAUAGAUUUUUUUUUAAUAUCAAACAUUAUCAAGACUCCUUCUGAAAAUGAUGCGAUACUGGGGUGAGAUCCCGGUCCCCUCUGGCCAGGCCAGCCGAAACUCCUUUGAUCUCCUACAGAGAGAGUUCCGCACAGUGGAGAUGCAAGAGCCCCCUCUACACCAGCCAUCUGCCAGCAAGCCUAAGCCAACCACCUCAUUGGAUAUCCCCUCGGAACCGUGCAGCCUUACCACGCACACUAUCCAGCUGAUUCAGCAUAACCGUAAACUGCGUAGUCUGAUUGCCGCAGCGCAGUCUCAGAAUCAACAGCAGGUUGAGGGCAUUAAAGUGGAAGAGAGUGAGCCCCUCCCUCACCGACCUCCUUCUCCUGUCCUCCCCGAUGAUCUGCUGCCGCCGGACUGCAAGUUACCCAAACUGCCAUUCCAGAUGCUGCACAGCGAUCCGGAGAGCGAUUUCUACCGUGGGAAAGGCGAACCGGUGAUAGAACUCAGCUACAACGCGUGCCGCAAGCAGAUGUACCACUCUGUGGCCACCAUCCUUGCCCAUGCUGGAUUCGAGACUGCCAACGAGAGUGUCUUAGAGACUCUGACUGAUAUCGCCCACGAGUACUGCCUCAAAUUCACCAAGAUGCUGAGGUUCAACGUGGACCGAGAAGCCAGGCUGGGCCAUACCCCGUUCCCAGAUGUCAUGGAGCAGGUCUUCCACGAGAUGGGAAUAGGCAGCGUCUUGUCUCUCCAGAAAUUCUGGCAGCAUCGGAUUAAAGAUUACCAUACGUUUAUGCUGCAGGUCAGCAAGCAGCUGUCUGAGGAGUACGAGAAGAUCGUCCACCCUGAGCGGGUAUGUGAGGACACAAAACCAGUGAAGAUUAAAGAGGUCACCGAUAUCACGUUCCCCAUCAGCGAGGAGCUGGAAGGUGACCUGGCACCCGGGGAUCAGUCUCUGCCGGUGGGCGUCCUCGGGGCCCAGAGCGAGAGGUUCUCCUCUAAUAUGGAAGUCGAUUCGUCGCCUCAGCCUGGGUCAGACGUGAACUCCUCUCCCCUGUGGAACCUGGCGCAGGUGAAGAUGGAGCCUCAGGACAAUGAGGAAGGGACUGUACACGGGCACAGUGUUCUGGGAAAUGACGUGUUUGAGGAACCCAUGUCCGGGAUGAGCGAUUCCGCCAUGCCAGGCAGCCCGAACGGAUCAGAAGGCAGCUACGGGUCGCAAUCUCCGGACAGUCUCAUGGGCUCCUCCCCGGUCUUCAACCAGCGGCCCAAGAAGAAGAUGAGGAAAAUGUAGCGACAUGUCGGAAGACAAUACAGUCCCGUAGUAGUCUGUGGUUCACGUGAAUAUCACAGCUCUGGCUGGAAGCGUUUCAUAUGAGAUGUGAUGAACUCUUAGGAAACAAAGGAACAGAAAUGCAAUAAAUUGUGCAUUGUCCAUUUGCUGCA